CCCAGUUUAAAACAAAGGGGGGAAAAAAAAGGGUCUUUUCUCAAUUUGUCUUCUGAUUGUUGAAAGGUCAGUCAGAUUAAGAUCUGUAAGAAGAUGAGCAAAUCAGAAAAACCUCUGUCAACACUAUGGGGCUGUGAACUAAAUGAGUCAAAUAAACAAGAGUCUUUCAAGACGGAUGACACAAAUCAUCAACACCAACUUGCAUUAAGAACAAUGUGCUUGGGCCACACUGCAAAAGAUGAGUUUAACAUUGUUGAAUUGGUAACUGGGGAGGGUGAUGAUGCCAAAGGUGUGCCAAUUGCCACUCUACAUGCCAAGUCAAUGCCUACAGUCAACUUGUCUGGCUUAGACUUGCAUCCUCCUGUGACCUUUCGGCUGAAGCAUGGCUCAGGCCCAGUGUUUGUUGGUGCAGAACAUGUAGCCUUGGAAGACUAUUCAGAUGAAGAAAUGGAUGAGCUGGAGGAAGAGGUUGAGGAAGAGGAGGAAGAUAUUGAGGAGUCCCCUGUGAAGAAAGUUACAAAAAAUGGUGCUGGCAAAAGAAAGAAGCCAGAAAAGGGGGAAGAUGAAGGUGAAACAUCAGAAGGUGAAAAUAAUCCCCCUAAAAAGGGAAAAGGAAGGGGUAGAAAGCCACUGGCUGCAAAAGUUUGACCAAGCAAGAGUAAAGGAUUAAACAAUGCAAGUUGAACAA